UUUUUUUUUUCCUAGAGAGCUAGACGAAAGUCCGGUACCAAGAGAGAAGUUAUAGGAUCCGUUUAUUUGUUCUGCUGGGACCCGGGUGAGGAAAUCACAGUUUGUAACUUAGUCUCCAGGGGAAGAAAGAAGAGGAAUGAAUUCCUAAAAACUUGAGUUGCAGUGCUUGGCACCAGGUUUGAUUGACAGAGACCGACUGAGCAAGAGCAAGGAGGCGGAGCUGCGGGCCGGGGGCCCCGGUUGAGACAAAGGGGCGUCAGCGGUCACCCGGAGAGGAAGGACCCUUACCGGCUGCUGCGCUCUAAGGUAAUCCACCUUCAAGGACUCGGGAACUCGGGAAGCUGGAGCACCAAGCAGCAUGGCACACCUGCUGAAAACAGUGGUGGCUGGCACCUCAUGUCCCUUCCUUAGCAACUUGGGGCCCCGAAAGGGUCUAACUGGGAAGAAAGACCUUUUGCGAGCACUUCAUACUCAUCGGGCACUGUGGUGUCAGUCACCUGGGAAGCCAGGAAUUCCAUAUAAGCAGCUGACAGUUGGGGUCCCCAAGGAGAUUUUCCAGAAUGAGAAGCGAGUAGCCUUGUCUCCUGCUGGUGUUCAGGCCUUGGUCAAGCAGGGCUUUAAUGUUGUGGUGGAGUCAGGAGCAGGCGAAGCUUCCAGGUUCCCAGAUGAUCUCUACAGAGCAGCCGGGGCCCAAAUCCAAGGGACGAAGGAAGUUCUGGCUUCUGAUCUGGUGGUCAAAGUGAGAGCACCCAUGGUUAAUCCAGCGUUAGGCGCUCAUGAAGCUGACUUCUUAAAGCCAUCGGGAACUCUCAUUAGCUUCAUUUACCCCGCCCAGAAUCCAGACUUGCUAAAUAAACUUUCCGAAAGAAAGACCACAGUUCUGGCAAUGGACCAGGUUCCAAGAGUCACAAUUGCUCAGGGGUACGACGCUCUUAGCUCCAUGGCCAACAUUUCUGGCUAUAAGGCUGUUCUUUUAGCAGCGGAUCACUUUGGAAGGUUUUUCACCGGUCAGAUCACAGCUGCUGGAAAAGUCCCGCCAGCUAAGAUCCUGAUAGUUGGUGGUGGUGUUGCUGGGCUCGCUUCUGCAGGUGCAGCAAAGGCGAUGGGCGCAGUUGUUCGAGGAUUUGAUACAAGAGCUGCAGCUCUGGAACAGUUCAAGUCUCUUGGUGCUGAACCCUUGGAGGUGGACUUGAAGGAAUCUGGUGAGGGCCAAGGAGGCUAUGCGAAAGAGAUGUCCAAAGAGUUCAUUGAAGCCGAAAUGAAGCUCUUUGCUCAGCAGUGCAAGGAAGUGGACAUCCUUAUCAGCACAGCGCUGAUCCCAGGUAAAAAAGCUCCCGUUUUAUUUAGUAAGGAAAUGAUUGAAUCAAUGAAGGAAGGUUCGGUUGUUGUGGAUUUAGCUGCUGAGGCUGGCGGAAACUUUGAAACCACUAAGCCGGGAGAACUUUACGUUCAUAAGGGAAUUACUCAUAUUGGCUACACGGACCUUCCCAGCCGCAUGGCCACUCAGGCCAGUACUCUAUACUCCAACAACAUCACCAAACUCCUGAAGGCCAUCAGCCCUGACAAGGAUAACUUUCAUUUUGAAGUGAAGGAUGAUUUUGACUUUGGUACCAUGAGUCACGUCAUCCGGGGAACUGUGGUGAUGAAGGAUGGCAAGGUGAUUUUUCCAGCUCCCACACCAAAAAAUAUCCCCCAAGAAGCCCCAGUAAAACAGAAGACGGUGGCUGAAUUGGAAGCAGAGAAAGCAGGCACUGUUUCAAUGUACACGAAGACACUGACCACAGCCUCCGUGUAUGCGGCCGGUCUCACUGGGAUGCUGGGUUUGGGCAUGGUGGCCCCCAACCUUGCCUUUUCUCAGAUGGUGACCACUUUUGGCCUGGCUGGCAUUAUUGGUUACCACACUGUCUGGGGAGUAACCCCUGCUCUCCACUCACCACUGAUGUCUGUGACUAAUGCCAUCUCAGGUUUGACUGCGGUUGGUGGAUUGGCAUUGAUGGGAGGGCAUUUUUAUCCUUCCACGACUUCCCAGAGUCUGGCUGCUCUUGCUACAUUCAUAUCGUCAGUCAACAUCGCAGGUGGUUUUCUGGUGACUCAGAGAAUGCUGGACAUGUUCAAGCGACCCACGGAUCCUCCAGAAUACAAUUACCUGUAUCUCCUCCCUGGUGGCACUUUUGUGGGUGGAUAUUUUGCUGCCCUCUACAGUGGUUAUAACAUUGAAGAGAUCAUGUACCUGGGCUCAGGCCUGUGCUGUGUUGGUGCCCUGGGCGGCCUCUCCACUCAGGGUACAGCUCGACUUGGCAAUGCCUUGGGCAUGAUUGGGGUUGCAGGAGGCCUGGCAGCCACACUUGGAGGUUUGAAACCAGAUCCACAACUGUUAGCUCAGAUGUCUGGCGCGAUGGCCAUGGGUGGUACCAUAGGUUUGGCGAUUGCGAAGCGCAUCCAGAUUUCCGACUUGCCUCAGCUGGUCGCUGCUUUCCACAGUUUAGUGGGCUUGGCGGCCGUGCUUACUUGCAUGGCUGAGUACAUUGUAGAAUAUCCACAUUUUGCAAUGGACGCGACAUCAAAUUUCACCAAGAUUGUGGCCUACCUUGGCACUUACAUCGGUGGAGUCACCUUCAGUGGGUCUCUUGUUGCCUAUGGAAAAUUACAGGGUAUUUUGAAGUCAGCUCCUCUGCUGCUCCCUGGAAGGCACGUGCUCAAUGCAGGUUUGCUGGCUGCUAGUGCGGGUGGACUCAUCCCAUUUAUGGCCGACCCCAGCUUCACCACUGGCAUUACCUGUCUGGGCUCGGUGUCUGCCCUUUCUACUAUCAUGGGUGUGACUUUGACAGCUGCUAUUGGGGGCGCUGACAUGCCUGUUGUCAUCACCGUGCUGAACAGCUACUCGGGCUGGGCCUUGUGUGCCGAGGGCUUCCUGCUCAACAACAACCUGCUGACCAUCGUGGGCGCACUUAUCGGCUCCUCUGGUGCCAUCUUGUCAUACAUCAUGUGUGUGGCAAUGAAUCGCUCCCUGGCUAAUGUGAUUCUUGGAGGCUAUGGUACAUCUUCAACAGCUGGUGGAAAACCGAUGGAAAUUUCUGGCACACAUACAGAAAUCAACCUAGACAAUGCAGUUGAGAUGAUCCGGGAAGCUAAUAGCAUUGUUAUUACUCCAGGUUAUGGCCUCUGCGCAGCCAAAGCCCAGUACCCCAUUGCUGAUUUGGUGAAGAUGCUUACCGAGCAAGGCAAGAAAGUCAGGUUUGGAAUUCACCCAGUUGCGGGCCGAAUGCCUGGUCAGCUUAACGUGCUUCUUGCUGAGGCGGGAGUGCCCUAUGAUAUUGUGCUGGAAAUGGAUGAGAUCAACAACGAUUUCCCAGACACUGAUUUGGUUCUUGUCAUUGGAGCUAAUGACACUGUGAAUUCAGCAGCUCAAGAGGAUCCCAACUCUAUUAUUGCGGGCAUGCCAGUUCUCGAGGUCUGGAAGUCUAAACAGGUCAUUGUCAUGAAGAGGUCCCUGGGUGUUGGCUAUGCUGCAGUAGACAAUCCGAUCUUCUACAAACCCAACACAGCUAUGCUCCUGGGUGAUGCCAAGAAGACAUGCGAUGCUCUGCAGGCCAAAGUCCGAGAAUCCUAUCAGAAGUGAACGUUAACGACCAAGCUGCUGUCUCCAGUUGCAGGGACAGAUAAAUAAAGCCUGGGUGGAUGGCAAAGGGCUCAAGGCCCCGAAGAAGCCCCGCAAACCAACAGAAGAUCAGCAACCCCGAUCCUCCGAAAGCAUUGAUAAUCCUCAACAUCUGCCUAUUUCUAGUUUCCAUUGCCAAAAGGCAAAAGUAUUUUAUAAGGAGCGAAAGAACAGCCGCGUUUAAUACAACCUCUUUGGAUUUUAAAAUCCCCUUUCAGUCGCUAGAAAUGAGUUCAGAAGUUGAAUGUUUAGGAUUUCAGGAUGUAUUUUGCUCUGAAAAAUAUUAGACAGUGUGAACAUCACAGCCACCUGUGUUUAGUUUUUUCUUUCACCAAAUGUGACUAAUUUGAAACUUUUUUUUUUUUUUUAUCAACUCCUGGCCUGUCCUUUUGCGUUUUAUCCACAGUCUAAAGAGUCAUACCAAAUCUGCUUCAGGUUAUCAGGCUGUGCUUUAGAUUCUAGAUUCCAAAGAUCUAUUUUCUCACUUCUAUUUUAAUAUGUAAAAGGACUAUAUAACUUUCAGAGACGCUGGAAACGAUCUGCUUGAUGUGUUCAGUAAAACAUAAACUUAAAAUUAGUUGUAUUUUUAAGAAAACCGCAUUGUCAACUGGAGAUUGCUCCAAUUUCAAUCAGUUUAUAAUGUGUGAUACUGUAUUGAGUGCUCUUGAAUGGAAUGCAGCCAUUUGACUAAUAAAUAAGUUCAUCAUGUUUUCCAA